AAAAUGUAGUCUACCUAUGAUUUGCUCUCUCGUGGUAAAAGCAUAAAGUUUUUCAGAAACAGGUCGUACACAGGUUAUCUAUGGGAUGGCUCCCAACGUAUUAUAUUGUGGUAUUAAGAUGGCUGUGUUGUAGAUGUAGUGCCGUGUAGUCUGGUAGAAGUUUACCAACGUUUCAGAGGUCCUUGCUGCCUCCAUCAUCGGGCGAUUGUAUUAUUUGUACGUGUAAUCAAGUGUAUGAAAAUCGAUAUUACUGUUCUCUCUUGGUAUUACCAGUGCUGUGCAAGGCGUGCCGAGGUUGGUAGUUGCUGGUAGUAAGAAAUUGACAGCAGUGAUUAUGAAGAUUGUUAGAGGUUAUUGCUCUAGAUGGAACUUCGAGAACCAAAACGCAAAUGUCGAGUACGUGUAUCUUUGCAGCAACCUUUCCCAGUUCUUAACAGGGAUGUAACGGCUAUACCAACAAAUAAAGCCCUUUGGCAAGUGUACACAGGAAAAUUCAGUGGAGACUGUGUUGUGGUAGAUGCUCCAGAUGAAAUGGUUGCUCUUCAUAAUAUGGGUUUUUUUGGAAAAGGAUCAUUAUCCCGUGGAGGUCCACAAUUUGAUAAGGAAAGGCGAGGAAUCCCACCUUUCAUUCGCCAUCGACAGUGGAAACGCAGAUGCAAAUGGGCAGAACAGCAGGAGGCUAUGAAGAAUGAUGAUGUGAAAGUUAGUAGUAUACAGGAUUCUGUUAUGGCAGGUCAUGUUACAAGUGAAAUCAUAGUAACUAAAGAAAACCAAGCAUCUGAGUCAAGUGCAAACGCAAUUCUAGAAGAUAAGACCCAAGAUGAGAAUUCCAAAAAGGUUUGUGAUGUGAACAGUAUAGUUAAGACAGAUGAUGAAAUUAAAACAAACUCAACAGAAAAGAUAUUGAACAAUUCUAAUGGCAGCAUUGUUAAAAAGGCAAAUGAUACAGUUGAAAAGAUACAUGAUAUAGUGAAUAUAUAUGAAGAGAUCAUAACACUUGAUUCUUUAGAGGAAGAUGAUGAUAAUCCUGCACCUGUAGGCAGUGAAAGUGAACAGAGAAGCACAUUAAAGUUAAAUAACUUGAAUAAUGCUAAUGAACAGAACAGAAUUGCGCAGGAAAAGUGUCAGAGUCCCGAAGAAAACAACACCAUUUCUGUGCUUGAGAAUGAUAGAGCUGAAGAAGGUAUUACAGAAGAGUAUGAUGAGUCUUCAGAUGACAGGAGUGAGGAGAGGAUGUUACUGGUUCUUCCUGAUAGUGACAGUGAUUAUGAAGGAUAUUUGAAUGAUGUGUGUCCUAAACUAGAGAAAGAACAAUUUCCAGUUUGUGAAACUUUACAUCUAACACUUGAAGAAGCCUUCUUCUUAAGUUUUGGUCUUGGUUGCUUGCAAGUUGUUGAUUUGUUUGGAAAUUGUCUCUCAUUAGAUGGUAUGUGGCAAUUAUUUUGCAAAUCUCAGAAAGACUUUAUCCAGAAAUAUGUUGCAUACCAUUAUUUUCGUUCUAAAGGAUGGGUGGUGAAGCCAGGAAUCAAAUUUGGUGGUGAUUUCUUGUUAUACAAGCAAGGUCCUCCAUUCUACCAUGCCUCAUACAUUGUGCUGGUGGAAGUGGCAGAUAAAUUUACAUUGAUGAGGAUCACUGGACUCCAAAGAAAUCUGUCAUGGACAAGGUUGAUGGGGCUUAACAGAGUGGGAGAGUCAGCAAGGAAGGAGAUAUUAUUCUGUCAAGUGAUUUGGCCAUCAGAUGCAAGUCCUGAGAGUAUGGAGCUUCCUUCCAUCUUGUCUAAGUUUCAGGUGCAUGAAGUACUAGUUAGAAGGUGGAUAUCAUCACAAGAAAGGGAAGAAAGUGAUGUGUCAUAAAGACUGUUGGAUAGUAAUACAAUUACUUGUGUACAUCUGCAUCUCAUUUCAAUAGGCAUUAGAAUGUACUACUGCGCUUGGGGGGAAGAGAGCACUUCCUUCCCUCCUUUAAAUAUAUGUUGUGUAUUGCAUGCAUCCUAAUUUAAACAACAAUUUUUUUUGAAAAUAUUGUGUUAUACACGAGUGAAUAACAGUAUAUCCUACAAGUUCAUAUGCGUACAUACACAUGCAUUGAUUUUUGUUAUGUGUUAUGCAGUUUUGGGGUUAAUUUCUCUCAUGUGUACAGUUAGGACCAGUGCCCAACCAUUUGUAUAGUCCUAUGAAAAUAGUAAUUGUUUUCCCCCCUCUGCCUGAGUAUACAUACACAUUUUAGCUACUGCUAUAUUCUACAAUUUUCUGAGAUGGCUUAACCCUUGUACUGGCAUAUGCAGUGAAACAUGAUGAAAACUUGUGCUAAACUUCAUUCCAUGAGUAACUGAAACAAAAUACUAUCACCAUUGGUUAGCUUGCUGAUUAGUUUGCUAAUAUUUUGGUGUGAAGUAUAUAAAUUUCUUUGUUCAUGGACUUUGUGAUAUACCACUGAAGAGCUUAGGAAUUGUUAAACAUUAAUACUUAACAAGUGGUAAUACCUGUCAUUUCGACAUGCAAUACAUUCUGCUUUAGUCAAGAAUUUGAUGAAUUAAAUUAUACUUGAGCUGGCAAUACAAUCUUCUGGGGUGUGGGGCUAUAACUCCUGUUGGGUGAUUAAGAUUGCAUUAGCUUAUGACUUGUAUAAAGUAUGUAUGACCCAUCAUAAAAUGUUGGCCAUGCUUAAGUGAUCUUUCUAUUAAAGACUUGUAGAACAGUAAAUUAGUCCAAUUCCCUUAUGCAAGAGUAUGAAGUCUGAGUUAUGAAUUUGAAUAGGCAUGUUUUGCUAGUGUAUUUUGUCCCUGGUCAUAAAUAUGUUUUAGGAACGUCUCAAAAUAUAUGCAUUGUGGUAUUAACUUCAUUCUGUUGUUGGUUCAUUAGUGUGCUUAAUGAAUGUAUUUUUAUAAGGUUUUAUUUUAGUUCUAUUGGAAAAAUUGUCAACAAACUCUGAAUUUUGUCAAUGUUGGAUACCUGUUAUUUAUAACAGCAUCAUGUUUUACUAAAUAAAUGUUAUGUAUAAUUUAA